GAGAGGACUUUCCAGCCUGGGAAUACACAGCCCGGUGCCUUUAUGUGUUCUUACAGGCUGCGGUAAUGUCACAACAACGAGUAAAUAAAUGAGGAGUUUUCGGAAGAGGAGGAGCAGGUGAAGUCCAGACGUGUUGCCAGCGUGGGCUCACCGACGCUUUGAACUUUGAAGCUAGCUGGUGUAAAGUUUUGGCGUUAAUUUGCUGCACGGGCUCGGUUACAUGUCGCGUUGACGAACCAGUGUCGGUUUCGAUAUAGCAGAUAAAGAGAAUGUGAAGAAGCGCCCGGGCUCAGACAUGGAGACCCACCCGGACGGCAGGAGCCCGGACGGCUGCUUUGACAGGACCUGCUCCUCUCUCACCGUCGAUAAUGUGUACGAAAUCGCCAAACUCGUCGGCACCGAGGUGGAGAAACUCAUCGACGGCUACGGCAAGGAGAGCGUCGAGGGUCUGGUGCCCAAAAUAGUGAAAGUGCUGGAGCUGCUGGAGAGCUUCGCGUCGAGGAACCACGCUCACAAGCAGCGGGAAGAGGAGCUGCUGAGGACCUUCGAGACCAUCCAGCUGCAGCAGCAGAAGAAGCGCGGAGGGAAGGAAAGCGAGGAGAACAACGAGAGAAUUGAAAUACGGGAGCUGCAGCAGAAGGAGCAGCAAUGGAAGAGUAGGUGUGAAGAGCUUCAGGUCCAGGUCCAGCAGCUCCAGGAGGACAGGGAGGAGCUUCAGAGCAAGCUGAAGGGCAACCAUGCACAGGAGGACCGUGUUCAGCGGCAAGAACGGGAGGUGAUGCUAAAGCUGAAGGAGGUUGUGGACAAGCAGAGAGAUGAGCUGAGGGCCAAAGUCCAGGAGAUAACCAACAUCACUAAAGAGGUGGAGGCGCUCCAGGAGCAGCUGGACCGCUUCAUGAAAAUGAAUGCAGAGCUGCGACACAAGCAGAACGUCCUGCAGGCGCAGCUGAAGAGCACCGUGGAGAGGAAGGCCGACAUGGAGGCUGAUCUGAAGGAGAAAAGCAAAGAGAUAGAAAAUCUCCAAGCACGACUGGACAGAACCAACAGCAACGGCCCUUCCAGUCCGAGUCAAGCCGUGCACGAGUCAAGGAAUAACCCGACUUCUGAUCACAAGGAUUCUGACCAGCCCUGCUUUACCAAGAAGGAGGUGCGUGACAUCCUUUUUGAGAGGAACGAGCUAAAAACCAACUUGUUCCUGGUGCAGGAGGAGCUCAACUACUAUCAGAGGGAGAUACUGAAUGAGGAGAGGUGUCCAGGUUUCCUCUUAGAAGCUGUCCGCUCUGCCAUCAAAAAAAGAAGAAAGCUCAUUAAGGCCAAGAUGCUUGGGAUUUCUGUAAACGAAUGCAGCAGCAGUGAUGAAGAAGAGAGGAGUUCUCUGUUUGGGCAGACAGAAGUGGAUGGCACAGAAGUAGACGGGACUGACAAACCAGCCGAGUCGCGCAUUCGAAAUCUCUUUGGCUUCCUGACGCGAUCGGGCAGCAGCCGGAGUCCCACCCACAUGAGCAGCUCUGCCUCCACCUGGGAGAUCAUUGAAGACUCAGAGGCCAAUGAGGAGGCGGAGCAGCAGACGUCUUCCUGAGCCUGGUACUGACCACAGAGUUUGCACUGUGAGAUUCCUUUAAGUUUGUCACACAGCUUUUCCCUCAGCUUGUAACAAAAGUCUUCUUCAGGGGAAAGGUUACAAGGACGUUUGAAUGCAGAGCCAGAGUAUAUAACAGAAAAGCACUAUGUGAGAGUUGAGGAAAGAGUGUGUUUUUAAACAAAUACUUCCUCACUUUUUAAAUUCUGAUUGGAUCAUGGUUAUUCAGCAUUUUUAUUAAUCUCAGUCUUGCUUUCAGCGUUAUUAUUUUCAUUAGAAGUGAUAAACAAGAGGGGUAAUGUUUAGCUACAGUAUACUACUAUAUGGUACAGCGUGUGACAGUAUUAAGAGGGACAUUUUUUAAAAGUCUACCUUUUGUAUGAUUCAAGUAUUAAAACAACAAUCAUGUUAUUCUUUAUUGUAAGAAAAAUCUUAUUGUUGGUCAUUUUUGAAAAAUGGAUUAUUACGAAUAGAUAUUUAUAUACAUCCUCAAAUAUUUUUCACAAAAACCAAAGACAAUAAAACUAUAUAAUCUGAAAUGAAACAAUCCACUUCAGUAAUAUGGAACACAGUAAAUUAUGUUCUGUCUUUUCCACAAGAGGGCAAUGGUAUAUUUUCAGACUAAUAAAAAUCUUUUGGAUCACAAAUUAUAUGUAACUCAUACCUCAUUAGGGAGAUUUUUAAGCCAUGUAUUUACUCAUGUAUUUUUUAUGAUUUGAAGCGCUUUUGUGUGACAGGAAAAAGAAAAGUCCUAAUCAUAGUACUGGUCCCUUAUAGCAGUGGGUGCAUUUUGAGCCCUUAAGCCUUAACUUACUGCUACUAUAUAUAUAUAUAUAUAUAUAUAUAUAUAUGUAUAUA